AUGAGUGGGAAAGGCUGGUGGAAUACGGCCAUCUCGGGCCUCGAGUCACGGCUCGACACGAUACUGGCCGAGGAUGGCACCCCAGCGAAGCCGGCGGCCACAGAGGGCGCAGCUACGUCGGAUGGCGUAGAUAAGGUGGUGGCGGCGGAUAAGAAGUUGGCUGUAGACGCAGGCUCACGGAACUCGUCGCGCAGCCGACCCAACUCGCGGUUACAGGAUCGCCUUGCCAAGGCCGUCAACAAGGGAACAGAAAGGUCAGAGUCAAGAGCGUCAUCGGAUCUAGGCUCAAGACCAGAGAGUCCUGCCCUCCGAGCCGUGACAGCUGUCGCGGAUACAGGGAGGACGAGCAUAGAUUCGAAAGCCUCUGAGCCGACUACAGACGCUGCGCAAACCAAGAAAGAUGAGGCGAGCACGGCGGAAGAGACCAAGGUCGAAGAACCUACACUCUCCAUCCAACUUCCUGCGCCAGCGACUUCUCCCCCAGUAAUAUCUCCACUAGCUUCGCCUCUGAUAGCGGAACAGCCCAUUUCGAUACCAAUGUCCAUGUCCAUGUCCAUGCCCUCAAAGCCUCUGAUACCCUCGAUUUUCACCCCGCAGACCUCCUCUCCGCGUCAGUCCUUCGACGACGAUGCUUCUCGGCCCUCUAUUGAAGAAGUCGCCCCGACGCCGAGUGUUGGACCCAGAGACCCCCAAGAAGUCGAGGCCGAGCUAUCGCUACUACAAAAGACAUAUGAGGAGACAUUACGCGACAAUCGCGAAGAGCUCAAUUCUCACUUGGAACGAAUUGACGCUCUACAAUCAAAGCUCACAUAUCUUUCAGAGCAACUCGCUGCAUCUGCAAAGGCCGCAUCUUCGGACAAUGAAGCGACACUUGCAGAUAAAAGGCUGGCAGAAAAGGACGCGCAGAUAGCUGCGCUCAUGGAUGAGGGCCAGAAGCUUUCCAAAACCGAGAUGAAGCACAUGACGACUAUCAAGAAGAUGCGCAUCAAAGCCCAGGAACAGGAUAGAGAAAUUACCACGCUCAAACAACGGCUUUCGAAGGCCGAAAAGAGCAUUACCGAGCAGUCUGAAAGAGCAAGGCGGGCUGAAGCUGCUGAGAAGUCUGCGCAGGAAAAGCUCAAGAUCGUGAGCAGGAUCGAAAAGGACAUCGAGACCAUCAAGGCCGAGCGUGAAGAGGCUGGGUUGACGAUAUCAGAACUCAGGAAGCAGCUGAAUGAUGCGCUAUCACGAGCCGAAGAUGCCGAAAAGAGAGUUCAAACUGGAGCACUGGAAGCCGAAAAGAGAGCCACAGCGUCACUAAAAGAAGAUAUUGAAAACAUGCGAAUAGAAAAGAAGCUUGCCGAGGAUAGGGCGAAGAGAGAGCUCCAGGCCGCAAGAGACGAGGCAAAGAGCCAACAAGAAAAGGCAAACGUCACCGAGCUUGAGCUUCGCGGUGAGAUUGCGAACCUUGAAUCCAAGUUGGAACUUCUCCGUAGUCGAACAGAAGAGGCGUCAUCGUCUGCGACUAGUGACUCUCAAGCUACGCUUCUUCGCCAAAUCGAAACCUUGCAAACACAGUACUCGCUCGCUUCGGAGAAUUGGCAAGGCAUUGAAACGACCUUGACAUCUAGAGUCGCGGCUCUGGAGAAAGAUCGUGACGAGACGGCCAAGCGGGAGUCUGAUGUCAGACGCAAGGCGAGGGAAGUCAACUCAAAAGCACGUCGAUUGGAAGACGAACUCGAAAGCAUCAACGAGCGAGCCCGCACAUUUGAGCAGGACCUGACCGAGCAGCGUGCUGCAGCUCAAAAGUUGCAAGCUAAACUUACACAGGCAGAAGCCGCAGCGCAAGAUGCUCGAGCAGACCUGGAAAGAGAAAAGAAGGUCUGGGAAGCCGAGCUCCAACAACGAUUAGAAGAAGAAAGAAGCAAGUGGAAAUCUGAAAUCCAAACACCAUCUCUCUUCAGCGAGCCCCACCGCCUACGAGCGGACUCACCCUCCAUAGCCCAGCGAAAGCACUCUCCCGACCCAAUGGGCCUGCAAACCCGGCGCCCCAACCCCCGCUCCAUAACCAGCGGCCUAGACACCCCCCUCACACCCAUGGACCGCAUGUUCGACGACGCCACGCGCCGUCCCUCGACUGGCCGCAUCCCCAAACCCACAACGUCCAAAGCACGAACCCCAGAAGUCGGCACACCCCCGCAACGACAAGACUCGUUUCCAUCCCGCCAAGACUCAUUCCCAUCAAGUCUCUCCCAACUCAAUGGCAUCUCAACACCCUCCAUCCAUACAGUUGACCACGAUGACCCCUUUGAAUACACUUCCUCCCCCCACCACACCAUCAACGACAUGAUCAGCGUAUCCACCGCUGGAGCCGGCCCCUCCGUCCAACUCGUCGAGCGCAUGAGCGCCGCAGUGCGCCGUUUGGAAUCAGAAAAGGCAACGCAUAAAGAGGAGCUUGCUCGCCUCACCGCCCAGCGCGAUGAAGCGCGCGAGGAGGUGGUUAAGCUGAUGCGUGAGGUUGAUGAGGCGAGGAGGCAGGGGGAUAAAGUUGCGGAUUUGGAGAAGAGACUCGGCGAGAUGGAGAGGAGGGAGAUGACGGCGUUGGAGAUGCUGGGAGAGAAGACGGAGAGGGUCGAGGAGCUGGAGGGCGAUGUUAGGGAUUUGAAGAAGAUUUAUAGGGAGUUGGUUGAUACGCUGAAAUAA